UGGGACUUUCAUGUGCUGAGUUAAAGUUAGUAGUCCAUUUCAAGACUCGCAUAUGAUGCUUGUCAAAGGUCCACAAUCCUUUCAGCCAGCAGAUAUAAAAGUCUACUUCAAGAUCAAAACAUAUGAGAACAUGCCGAUAAUCAAUUCAUCCAAUGGAAAAGUUCCCUUUAAAACCAAUGAUUUAGAAUUCUCUUCUCAGAAAAUUCAUUUUUGGCCUACCUUUGGUGAAUUUUCCGACUAGGGCGAGUCGAAAUGGGGCUGCCAAUUGUUCAUCUUCUUCUUUUGUAAGAAGAAAAGUUGGCUCAUCUUUGAAUAAAGUUGGUUCUGAAUGAAUCACAGGAGGGCUUAGAAUUUGGUGUUUUGUGGAAUUUUUUUGAAUUGUUUUUGGAUUUGAAUUAGAGGCUAAAAUCUGAGCAAAUGAAGGUCGCGGAGGCGGUGUUAGGCCUAUGGCUGGCGGCGGAUCGCCGGCCAUGGGAGGGAGGGUAGAGAGAUGUCAGAGAGAAAGUAGAGAGAAGGUUGACUCGGAUAUAGUUUUCCAAUUUACUUGGUCUAUUGUAACUAUAUUAUAAGAAUUAUAUGAAUUAAACACUAUAUUAUAAGAAAAAUAUACGAACAAACUUCUAAAGAAAGAUUCCAAAAGGUAUAUAGAGAGAUAGAAAAUAAAAAAGUUACGAAAAGAAAUAACGAGAAAAUUUUCUAUUACAAUGAGAGUUUAAAAGAUAUGACACGGAUAGAAAUAUUUAGAAAAUUAUUAUGAAAAAUUAAGAUAAUAUGUUUAAAAGAUAUAAAACCAUAAAUCAACAAAACGAAAAAGAUGAACAAUAAAUUACAUUAGAUGAUUUCAAAUAUUGAAAAUCAUUCUGAAUAUGCUAAAAAUAACAAAGCACACUGACAUUAAAAAUUACACAAUUAUAAUUUAUAUUGUUAAUAUUAUUUUUUCACACAUAUCAGUCUGUGAGAAAUGUUAUAUAAUUGUUAAAUCAUUAAGCUCAUAUAUAUUUUUAAUAACCACCACAAUGUGCAGGGUAAACAUUAAUAUAUAUUAUAAAAUAUCUUGAGCCUAGAACUUGAGAUUUAUUUACUAUUCGAUUAGUUGAUUAUCAUUUUGAUGAAUCAGUCUUUCAAACAUUAGGGGAAGCUAAAAAACCAAAUACAAAAACAAGUUGGAAUGAUUUUUCAUUAUUUCAUCUUGAUCCUCGUACAUGGCAAUAAGGACUUGAAAUUCAAAAGAUAAUUCAUUUACAAUGUUUAACAAAUCAAUGUGAGAUGCUUUUAUUGACCUAAAAUGUGACAAAAUCACACGUGCAGCUGCUAAUGAUCCAAUUAGAAUUGAUGCCUCUGAAAGAUCUUCUACCAUGAACAAUGAAAUAAAGGCUGGUAGACAACUGUUUAAAAUCCCGAUCUCGACUGGCCGGUCGGACCUGUUUGACCGUGAACCGAAAUGAUGACGGGUUCGUUUUUACUAUAAAACUAGACAAGAACUAACUUGGUCAAAACUCAGUCAAACCCACGGUCCAACCAUGAACUAAACUUACCCGAUUAAUCCGGGUUUUGUCUUUUUCCCUCUUUUUUUUGACUUUUCUCCUACAUUGAAUCCCGUUUUAUUUUUUUUUUCUUGAUGAAUUGACCCCUACAUUAUAUUUUUAGUUACUAAAGACACUAAAUUUAAUAUUUUAUCAAUAAUAUUUAAAUUUUGAUUUCUAAAAUACAUCAUUUCAUUUCAAGUUAUAAAAAUUCCAUUCUUGUUUAAUUAAUUAAAUAGUAUAAUUAAGAUCAUCUAUUUAGAGUGAAUUUAUCUUUUUCGGGUAAAAAUGUACAUAUUUCGUAUUAAAUUCAGCAGUUUAGCACAUAUUUACAACCAAAAGAUCUUAACUAUACACCAAACUAUUAUCAUUUUCAUUUCUGACCACUAAAGGAACUGGUCCAAAAUUAGUGCUUUAGCCCUAGUGAUUUGCCUGGUUCUGCAUCCCGUAAGCCUCCAUUCAGUUUCUUACUUUAUUGUUUCUAGUAUAGUUCGAAGACCCUUUUCCUUCUGGGAAAAAAUAUGCAUCUUCUUUUCCUUCCAGAUGUGAUACGACACUGCAGCCAAAACUUAAUCAUUAAAUCAUUACCGACUUCAACUUUUGAGAAACUAACCCACAAGAUUAGAAUGCAAUGACUAAAUGUUAAGUGAUGUGUUCAACAUGGGAAUAAUUACACACUGUACUCUUUUAGAUAAUUUAAUUACUAUGUUUACAUUCCUUGAGUAAUUGAAACAAAAAAUAUUAAAAUUUACAUUCCGUGCAUAUCAACACACAAAAGCAAUUUAUUUUAUUUAACUUUCCUCAAAAUCAAAAUUCAAGGAAUGACAUAUUUACAUUCUUUUACUUUCCCAACAACAACCAUAUAGGCCUUAAAUUUAAUCAUGUAUUGGCUGGUUGCAAUUUUGAGAGAGAGAGAGGUUGGCUACACUAAAAAAGUGCAUACAUAUACCUGCUGCACAUUAGAUUUUUUCCUUCAUUUGAUUAACUAAAAAUAAAAAAAAAAAUUGUAUCUUACUCAAUGUGGAUUAAUUUUAUGCGAAUGAAUAUAUAAAAAACACUACUACUUCGGAUGCUCUCAUAAACUAUUUAGAUAGUGUUGUUUGUUAGGAUAUAUAAUCCGGAGAAGAGGAGUUUAAAAUUGGAUUGAUAUAUAAAAAAAAAACACAAGAUUUAGAUGGUUUAAGAAAAUAUCAAAACAUCCUUAAAUCGAAGUCAAUUAUCAAAAGGGUCCUAUGACGACUGAAAAUAAAUGUUUCCACAUGAACUCCACCAAAAAAAUAUCCAAAAAUAUUUUUCACCCCAUAAAAACUCUCUUGAAAUUUAUUCUAAACUCUAAUAAAAUAAAAUAUUUAACUUCUCAAUCCAAAAUUCAGCUUUUUACGAGCUCUCGAAAGAUGAGGAUAAUUUUUGAAAAAAAAUUGAGGAUAAUUUUUCUUCGGGUUACAAACGUAUGUUUUAGGGGUGUUCACGGACCAGAUUGGCCCGGAUUACCAUUAAUUCGUAACCAAACUGUUACUUAUGGUUUUUUAAAUUUUGAACAUCAAAACCAGACCGGAUUGAAAUUUAAACCGGACCAAUAUAAACUAUAUUGAACGGUUUAGUUUGGACGGUUUGACGGUUUUGUUCUCUAAUUGUGAUCUUUUCAUUUUGGGCCAUAAAUUGAGCGUUUUUAGUUAUUGGGCCUUUUUCUGGCUUUUUUGGGGCUUUUUAUGGCCUUUUUCCUGGGGCUUUUUAUGCAUAGGUUUUUGGUUUGAGAGAGAAAAAAUAGGUAAAUAAUAAAAGGAGUUGUUUCGGAUUUGAACACAUGACCUUUAGUUAGAAUUGAAGCAGUUAGAAUAGUAUUACCACAGUGAUUACGAGGCAUUUGUGAUAUAGGUUUUCAUCUCUUACUAUGUAUAAGUAAACUAAUAUUAUAAAAAUUAUUAUAUAUAUAUAUAUAUAUAGUCCGGUCCGGUUUGACAUACGAUUUUUCAGCGCAAUCGUUAUGAACGGUUUUCAGUUUUCAAAUCCGCCGGUUUAAAAAUUUAAUUAUAAACCGCUCACCAAUUCGAACCAAUGACAAGUUUAGGCAGAUUCACCAGUUUGAUCCAAACUGUGAAUACCCCAAGUAUGUUUGACACUUUUUUUGACUGAAUAAUAUACAUACGUCAAUUUUCAGUCGCCAAAAGACCUUUUAGGUAAAUGUAACGGAUGUUUUUUUUUAUAUAUUUUCAAAUAGUAAGGGUAUUUAUAAUAAGUUAAACUUGUGAGGUGUUUUUGAUAUUAAAAGUCCAUGGAGAGGUUCAAAAUUUGAAAAUUCUAAUUUAAUUGGAUGUGAGGGAUUGUUGUAAUUUAUCCAAGGAUUUUUUUUUGUGUUUUUUUUUUUGUUUUGUGUGUGUGUGUGUGUGUGUUUUUUUUUUUUUUUUUCUUUCUGAAACGAGAAGAUUCUAUUGGCCCGAGUUUCUACUACUUUUUCUAGACUCUUAGAGUCACACAUUAUAAUUUUUUUUUUUUUAAAAAAGUUAGAAUUGAAAAAUAUAAAGAGUCCAAGUUUGAGAUUGGACUUUCCUUCCCAACUAUUACCAAAAUAAUCUAGAACCCUAAUUUAAAAAUUAUCUCUAUCAAAUAAUUUGCUGUUUCCGUAGAAGUCCACGCAGAAGAACGACAGAAGCUUUUAUGGAUUUGAGAUGCAAAUUCCCUUCUCAAUCGUCAUCCUCCCUGGCUCUAACCGUCUACCCACCAAUUUUGAGACUUCUGAUAUCGACGCCGCCGUCCGAUCAAUUAGCAACUUGGAUUCGGGACUUUCGUGUUACUGAAAUUCCAUAGUGUUAUUCAGUUUAUUGCCAUAAUAAUAGGACUAAAGCAGGUACUUCCGCGUGAGGAAAGUUCAGGGGAGGCAAGAAAAACGUGGUUAGGAGGGCGGAAAGGGUGUUGCUGCUGUGUUCUGUUGUGAUGGUUUUCUGUUUACUUUAAGAUGGCUAGUCCUGCAAAAUCACGGCCUCUAGACAUGAAGAGUUCUUGGAAGAAGGGGAAGAUAUCAGGUUGGACUGCCUUUGACCGUGAAAAGCGGCAUAAUGAUGGUGGCGAAUCAGAAGCAGAAACUGAAAGUUUUCCAUCUCUAUCAAGUUCUGUGGAGCAGAUUCAGAACUUUCUUGGAAACGCCAAUGGUAGAAUUGUAUUGGAGAAGCCUUUUACGUCUGUGUUACGAGGUCCUGUAAACGUUUUUGCUUCGGGGACCAACCAAUACGAAAUGAAGCGAGAGACUCCACAAGUUGGCAGUUCCAAUAUGUCUGGGAAUGUAAAUAAUGGUGUUACAGAUGUUACAAUUGCAUAUGAUAUGCUUAAGAAGAACCAUUCUUGGGCUGACCAAAGCCUAAUCGAGGAUGUUUUAGCUGGUUUGAACUAUGAUGUUGAUGAAGCGUCAACUUUGUUGGCCUCUAUGGUUUCCUCUGAAAAUAAUAGCGAGGAGAAUCCACUUAAUGCAAAUAAAGAAUUGACAUCUAAUAAUGGCAACGAGUUUCUCUUACAUGAAUCAUCAGCUGACCAGCAUGUUCAUCUUUCUGCACCAAACUGUCUUGUUGAGGAUCUUAAUGUUGAUCACAGAGAAUAUCAAGAUGAACAGGUUUCCUUUGAGAAAAUAUAUGUGCAUGAUGACUUGAACUCAGAAAAUAGUCGGAUCGGCAUCAAGUAUCUACCUAUUGAGCCUGAGUGGGAAGAAGAUGAUAUCUACUUGGUCUACCGAAAAGAUGCACUACGAUCGAUGAGGUCAGCAUCUCAACACUCUAAGGCUGCCCGAGAUGCAUAUAUAAGAGGAGAUCAUUUAUCUGCACAACUGUUUUCGCAGAAAGCUCGGGAAGAGUGGUUACUUGCUGAAAAAUUAAAUGCUAAUGCAGCCAAGGAAAUUUUGGCCAUCAGGAAUUUUAAUAAUGAUGAGUGGACAUUGGACCUUCAUGGUCUUCAUGCAUCAGAAGCUGUAAAAGCCUUACAGGCUCAUUUGCAGAAGAUUGAAUCUCGUCUUCCUGCGAAGCCAAUGCCACCUUUUAAUGUGAUGUCAGAAUCUGUAUAUUCCGCAUCUCCUGAAUUGGCUACCUGUAGCGAUUCAGCAAAGUUGGGCAACCGAAUUUCUUAUCUCGGACCCAGACCAACAUCAUUACACGUCAUAACAGGUACAAUGGCUCCUUCGCAGCUUCAGUGAGUCUUCUUUUACCGUUUUAUUUUUUUGCUUUCAUUUAUGUGAUGAUCAUUCUUGCACUGCUGGUGCACCUGGAUAUCGUCAAAAUAUAAGUAGUUGGAGAAAUUAUCUAGUGAUACUCUAAUGUGACAUGCAUUUACUAUUUUUGAAGGAAAAGGUAAUCAUAGCCGAGGUGAAGCUGCAAUACCUGCCGCCAUUAGAAGCUUUCUCAUUGAACAUGGGUAUGUGUUCAUAUCUUUCACAGAAUUGAGGGGUUGUUUUUGGGCAUUCUUGAUUUGGAUGUACUUGUGAAAUAUUUGAAUUUAAGCAGGGAACGUUUACCAUUUGGCUAGCAUAAACCAGUUGCAUAAGGUUUACGAUCUAAACUUCUGUUUCUUUGCAGGUAUCGUUACGAUGAAGCAAGACCUGGAGUAAUUGAAGUAAUGCCGAAGUUCCGACGGUAGAGUGUUGUAUAAUGUAUUGUGUUGUAAAAUAGUACUUCUUCUGUCUCAAAAAGAAUAGUUUGCUUUGUUGAACUAAAAUAGUAAAACAAAGUGGACUAAUUUUUUUGAACCGAGAGAGUUUCUUCCAAUUUUUACAUUUUUCUUCCCGGAUAUCUGCACUCCUGUCUAGAAUUGUUCACGAACUGAUGGGAGAAAUUGUCUUAUAGGGGCCAAUUAGGCUUGUCAACUGUUGCAUUAUUAAUGUAGUAAUGAAUGGGGUUAUUAUGUAAUUUAUUCCCGAUUAACUUUUCCCAAUAUUGUAAUUGAUCAAUAGGCCUUGUCUAAUAAAGUUGUCUUCCCUAGAUUGCUUUUGCAAAUGUUUUUUUAGGUGAACAAGGUGGUACCUGGUGAG